AACGGUGCCAAGAUGCAGAUUUUCGUGAAGACGCUGACGGGCAAAACCAUCACCCUUGAGGUGGAGCCCAACGAUACGAUCGAGAACGUGAAGGCCAAGAUCCAGGACAAGGAAGGGAUCCCCCCUGACCAGCAGCGGCUGAUCUUCGCGGGCAAGCAGCUGGAGGAUGGCCGCACCCUCGCAGACUACAACAUCCAGAAAGAGUCCACCCUCCACCUGGUGCUGCGCCUGCGGGGGGGCAUCAUCGAGCCCUCCCUCCGCCAGCUCGCCCAGAAGUACAACUGCGACAAA